AUGCGCGGAGACAAUCCUGCCCUUUUUUUUUUUGGUCUGUGCGUGGCUGCUGCGGCGGUUUUUUUCCCCAGCGGCUCCCGGCUCAGCACGAACAUGGCGGACCAGGCCCUCUCCUUCGCCAAGGACUUCCUGGCGGGCGGCGUGGCCGCGGCCAUCAGCAAAACCGCAGUGGCGCCCAUCGAGCGGGUCAAGCUGUUGCUCCAGGUACAACAUGCAAGUAAACAAAUUGCUGCUGACAAACAGUACAAGGGUAUCAUUGAUUGCGUAGUGCGUAUCCCAAAGGAGCAAGGAAUGCUGUCCUUUUGGCGUGGAAAUUUGGCAAAUGUCAUCAGAUAUUUUCCCACUCAGGCUCUCAAUUUUGCUUUCAAGGAUAAGUAUAAGCAGGUGUUCUUAGGAGGAGUGGACAAGCACACUCAAUUUUUUAGGUAUUUUGCUGGUAACCUGGCCUCUGGUGGUGCAGCUGGUGCCACUUCUCUCUGCUUCGUUUAUCCCUUGGAUUUUGCAAGAACCCGUUUGGCUGCUGAUGUUGGAAAAGCUGGUGCUGACAGAGAAUUCAGAGGUCUGGGGGACUGUCUAGUCAAAAUUACCAAGUCUGAUGGUCUGCGUGGCUUAUAUCAAGGGUUCAAUGUAUCUGUGCAGGGUAUCAUCAUCUAUAGAGCUGCCUACUUUGGAAUCUAUGAUACAGCAAAAGGCAUGCUCCCAGAUCCCAGAAACACUCACAUUGUGAUAAGCUGGAUGAUUGCACAAACAGUGACUUCUGUGGCUGGUAUUGUCUCCUAUCCUUUUGAUACAGUGCGGCGUCGAAUGAUGAUGCAGUCAGGACGUAAAGGAGCUGAUAUCAUGUACUCUGGAACAAUUGACUGUUGGAAGAAGAUCGCAAGGGAUGAAGGAGGAAAAGCUUUUUUCAAGGGUGCAUGGUCCAACGUUCUCCGAGGCAUGGGUGGUGCUUUUGUGCUCGUGCUGUACGAUGAAUUAAAGAAAGUAAUUUAAAAACAGCCUAACUAGAAUUGGUAACCAAGUUGAGCAGAUCAUGUAGAAUAACUUUACCAUUAUGGACCAUUGACCUUCAAGAAAUUCCUUUGUUGUCUUAUUUAUCGGGGUCAGAUCACGUUGGUAGAUGGGGCUAGAAACUUAUCGAGGGAACUGAUCCAUUUCAAGAUUGCCUUUUUUUGCAGACACUGAAACUGACAGUUCAGCAUACUGAA